UGGGCUCUUUCUGUCUAAUCCCUGCAGAUUUCGAAAUCGUACUUCUCUUUUUUCCCCAGAAAUCUUCUCACACUUUCUCGGCAAAUUUCCCGGAAAAAGCACCCCCAUCACCAGGGUGUGUGUAACGGUAACAGAUGGUCAGGAAAAAAGAUGUGGAUUUCUAUUCCGGAUUCUCAAGGAAAGAGCUUCAGAGUUUGUGCAAGAAGUAUAAUUUGCCAGCCAAUAGAUCAAGCUCAGAUAUGGCUGAAUCAUUAGCUUCUUAUUUCGAGAGAAAUAGUUUGAACUCAGUAGGCUUUGGGGUCGCUGGGAUUCAAGGUAGUUCAGCUACAACUUCAAGAGGACCAAUGAGUAGAACAUGGGAUGUGAAAAGAGAUUCUUAUGGUAAUGAAUUGAACAUAACCAGAGAGGGUUGUUUUCAAAGUACAGUGGCUAGAGGACCAGGCUUUAUCCUUGGGGAUAGUACACAGUCUCAGGAGCGAAAUGGUGGUUUGAAAUUGAAUGAAAAGGGUCCAAUGGAUCCUCGGCUAGAGAAUAGAAUGAAAGAGGUAGACAGUGGUGAUAGUCCUAGUUCGUCUUCGUUUGAGUUUCAUGUCAGUAUGGAAGAGGGUAUUAGCCUUUCAGUUGAUCUUAAUUUCAAUCCAUCAGACUGGAUUAGUAGCAUGACAAGUGAGGUCAAUGUAUAUGAUAGCAUCCGUCCAAGGAAACCCCCACAUUCUGAUCCUGGUACUGAUAAUGCUACAAAGUGUAAGAAACAGAAGAGUUCAGGACAAGACGAGGAUGGGGAUGUAAGGAGAGAAUCAUCUUUAAGCCCGGUAAAGAAAGACAAUACUCAAGUAGCUUCUGAUCAUCAUUCCAAUGGCGAGCUGCGUCUAGCACCAUCUGAUGUACAACCGUGCAAGGAAACAAAUGGGGUUAACUUGUCCAUACCUGAAUCUUCAGGACCUGGCCAGAUUGUAUCAUCGUGUACCGAAUCGUGUAGCAAAAGCUGCUGUGUAAAUCCAGUUGACUUGGAAUGUGUUGAUCCACCAGGGAAGAAGUUGUCAAGUGACGCUGUCAUGGUUGCUGCAGAACAGAAUCAUCCAGCUGGUGAUGAUCUCCUUGUUGAAACUCCCCAGAAUCCAUCCAUGGAGAGUUUUCAAAAGGUGGGAGCUGGUUCUGAGUUAUCAUCAUCAGAAGCAGUAGAGGCUUGUCCCUCAAACGCACUGUGUUCAGAGCUCAUCAUUGAUAGAGAGGCCACUAGCUAUUCUGAAUCAUUCAAGUUCCGGUACAAUGGAGUCAAGAACUGUCUGCCACCAGAUGGUGAAGAGCAGGAGAAGAGCGAAGUUUUCAGUGAGCAGGCAAGGUUAGAGUGACUUGUUUGGAUGGUGAAGCCAUCCACUGUAUUGUAUAAUACCUGAUUGUAGAGAUAGUCAAGAUGGCCUUUUCCUCUGACCAAGUGGUUUUCUACUGCUGUUUUUUUGAGGCCAUCAAGUAUAUGGAGAGUUCCCUCGAGAGCAUUGGGUCGAAUAUUACUGAAGGUUUUUUGCAAUGACCUAGGGGAGAUGUUAGUUUUAGGUCAGUAUGCAAUUCUCUUUUGGUUUCGUCCUUUUGAAAACACAAUUCUAUGUUUGUUAUACACAUCAUUCACAGACCAAUGUUGGAGUGGUUCGCUUACAAAACCAAUGUUGAAUACACCAUGUUGUUGAAUAGUAGCAAAGUUCUGAGUC